AUGGGUUUCCAAAAGGGAAGUCCGUUAAGACAAACAAUGGAUAUUUUAUUGACAUAUUUAAAAGAAUCAGGGUUAAUAGGUAACCAUCCGGACAGACAGUCCCCCCGUUUUGAGAAACAACUUAUUUUCUCUGUCCCCAACAUUCCCGACCACUUCCCGUUUGUUUCCAUGGGAACGGCGAUGGGAUUCCCUUUAAGAGCGAAUAACAUGGAAACAAAUGGGAAGGGAAUCAAUAUUUGGGAAAAUUAUAGUAACUCAGUGGCGUACGGAGACGUAUGGGAGCCGUACCGCUGGCCGUUGACUGAGUCUAUGCGGCGCUCUGUUGCUGCUGUUAGCGGAGUGCCAGACGGAGGCGCCAAUCUGUUGGCCGGUGUGCCCAGUGAUGGACAGAACUGA